UGCGAUGGUUGCCUUCGCGAAAGCCGUGCCAAACUUGCCUGCUCUGUGAAAGCGGCUCUCCGUCUCUUAACGCACCUUACGGUUCGCCGGUGGGGCUUAACGUCCCUUGGAACCGGCGAGAGCCACCGUUUGCAGAUUGGAGAGUCGGCGGAAAACUUUGAAAAAGAGUACCACCACGGAGAAAUACAGCUGCGCGGCUGAACUUCCACCAGCAGCCCGAGGGGACCGGGAGGAGGAGUCAACAGGUCCCAGAGCUUAGGAGCUACAAUCGAUUCAAGGGAAGAUUUCCUUGGCCAAGGACAGGGAGAUUGACGUUUUUGGGAAGAAGGGCUCGUCCGAGCAAUCGAUGCGGGCAGCCCACCAGCCGGAAGCCCAGUUGGCCGAACAGCACACCACUCAAUCAGUCUGAACAGCAACACAAAGGGGCUGCUGGCGACCAACAGAGGUGGAGGCUGUUGACUGCAAAGAGGAGGCCCAUCCAAGGAGAAGAGCUUUGUCUUGGCAUCAUGUGAUCUGCGCAUUCCCCAGGAGCGCUCUGCAGGGGAAUAGUAAAUCUACACUUCUCUGGAAGCAUUACAACCACUAGCACCCUUAUCGCCACUAUCACCACUCCUGACUGCAGUCAUCAAAGUCACCUGUUCUUGACUCAACUUGCCUUCUGUCUCUUUCGCCUCUCUUCAUCUUGAAGAUAAGGAAUGGUCGUGCUAGUUUCCAGUCUCCCCAACGCCUCUUGCAAAUAAGGCCUUUCAGCUUCUUUCACAAUACCAGAGAAAGGAAGGAUAAAACGCUCUACAGUCCUCUUUUAUACUUCUACCCCGUGUCUGUUUUUUAUCUUUGUUUCCUUAGUAACUCAACCCUCAACACACACAUUCACUAAUCCAGCAGGAUUUAUUUGUCUUGGUGGCCAUUUUAUGGACACCAGCAUUCAAGUUUCCAAACCAUAAGGAGAUUUUUUUUGACAAACUUCACCCGGCAGUCUUUUGGAAUAUCUACUCAUGCAGUGUCCCUAUGGGGGAUUAAACCAGUCCAGGAAUUUACACUGACUCCUCGUUGGUUUUGUUAGUUUGCAUUAAGGUGGUUUUUCAGUGAGGUCUGUUUGUGACUGGAGGUGGACUGAGCCAUCAUGGCUGGGAAGGGGAACCCACUGCCGGGCCCCCACCUCAACGGCUUCCCCAUGCCCACCUACUCCUACUUCUUCCCCCACAUGUUGGGGAGCCUGUCGCCUCCAGCCCUGGCAGGACUGCCCAUCAGUGGGUACAGCACCCCCUCACCAGCCACGAUAGAGACCCAGAGUACCAGCUCAGAGGAGAUAGUGCCAAGCCCGCCUUCACCUCCCCCGCCGCCCCGCGUCUACAAGCCCUGCUUUGUGUGCCAGGACAAGUCCUCAGGGUACCACUAUGGUGUCAGCGCCUGUGAGGGCUGCAAGGGCUUCUUCCGGAGAAGCAUCCAGAAGAACAUGGUGUACACUUGUCACCGGGAGAAGAACUGCAUUAUCAACAAAGUCACCCGCAACCGCUGCCAGUACUGUCGGCUGCAGAAGUGCCUGGAAGUCGGGAUGUCUAAGGAGUCCGUGAGAAACGACCGGAAUAAGAAGAAAAAGGAUGAGAAGAAGCAGGAGUGCACAGAGAGCUACGUGCUGAGUCCUGACACAGAGCGGAUGAUCGACAGGGUUCGCAAGGCGCACCAGGAAACUUUCCCCUCUCUCUGCCAGCUGGGCAAAUACACUACGACUAACAGCUCAGAACGACGUGUAUCCUUGGACGUAGACCUGUGGGACAAGUUCAGCGAACUCUCCACCAAGUGCAUCAUAAAGACGGUGGAGUUUGCUAAGCAGCUGCCUGGCUUCACAACGCUCACCAUUGCCGACCAGAUCACUUUGCUCAAAGCCGCCUGUCUGGAUAUCCUGAUACUCCGGAUCUGUACACGCUACACACCAGAGCAAGACACCAUGACUUUCUCAGAUGGUCUCACGCUAAACCGAACCCAGAUGCACAACGCAGGCUUCGGUCCCCUUACAGACCUGGUUUUUGCCUUCGCCAACCAGCUCCUUCCUCUGGAGAUGGAUGAUGCAGAGACGGGGCUUCUCAGCGCCAUCUGUUUGCUGUGUGGAGAUCGUCAAGACUUGGAACAAGCGGAGAAGGUGGACAUCCUGCAGGAGCCCCUUCUGGAGGCGUUGAAGAUUUACGUAAGGAGGAGGAGGCCCCACAAACCGCACAUGUUCCCCAAGAUGCUGAUGAAGAUCACUGAUCUGAGAAGCAUCAGUGCUAAAGGAGCUGAGCGUGUCAUCACCCUGAAGAUGGAGAUCCCCGGCUCCAUGCCCCCUCUCAUCCAGGAGAUGCUGGAGAACUCAGAAGGUCUGGAAAGCGGGGCCGCAGGUGGCCGGCCCAGUGGCGCCCCACCAGGCAGCUGCAGCCCCAGUCUGUCCCCCAGCUCUGCCCAAAGCAGUCCAGCCACACAAUCGCCGUAGUAGCGGCCCCACCAUUUUAUUUUUCCUCACCAUGCUCUCUGUCUCCUCCCACGACGUUCUAAAGAGGAGGGGCGAAGGAGGGGGCGGGGGGCCUUGACCCUGACUGCUGAACACAGGAGACUGGCAGAGCCAACCUCCAGCCUCUCCUACAACACAACUCCCCACCUCCUGAUCUGCUUUCCCCUCACUCUGGAGCACCGCCCUGACGUGAGGGGAGGUAAGGCCGGAGCAGGUCGGGGCAACAGGAUGCCUCUGAGAGACCACACCGUAAACACUGCUGAUGACUCCUCCUCCUUCUCCCUCCACGUUUCCCUCCACUGCUGCUCCUCCCCUCUCCACCUUUCUCCAAAAGACUAAUGGAAACAAAUCUGGAUGCAGCGGAGAGGUGUUUCGAAUGGAACUGAGAGCGGGUGGAGCACCGUGGGACAAAUAUACGAUCAAGGACGAUGCAUACAGACUGACUUGACGAACACCAGACACUUUUUUUUGAUGUACUCUGAGGCAGACUGCAAGCUUGGGACUUGUCAAAAGACCCCCCCUCCUCAAAGACUCUGGGUCUUUUCUCUUUUUCCAACUUCGAAAAAAACAGAUUUCGUACAAAAAGAUAUAUAAAUAUAUAUAGAAAAAGUUAAGGAACUAUUGUGAUCGACAUGUCCAGAGCAGAGCGGCAGGUUGAAACGAGGACAUGUUUUCUGAGAUUAGAAAUUGUUGUACUCCUUCACUGUUUGAAUCUUUUCAUGCCCAUCUAGAGUAUUGAGAGAGACCUUUCAGUUUUAUCACAUUUGUACAUUAUUCUAAUUAACAAAAAGCAAAAGAUGUUGAAAUUUCUCUCCAGCCGACACACAUGCAAACACACACACAAACAAACAAACAUAAACAAAUGUGCACAGAAAACAAGUCGCGAUGAAUAUCACCUACUAUUCCAGGUUGGAUUUGUUUUCCUUUUUUUUUUCUUUGUUUUUUUUUUUGUUUGUUUUUGUUUUUUUUUCUUGCUUCCAAGAGAAUGGAAAAAAAUGAUUGUAUGAACAUGGUUGUAUGAUAUGGUCACAGGUCCUUUCAAGAAAUCAAAAUUAAUGAAGAUUCAUUAUUAAGGUGUAUUUUAAGUAGCCUUUGAGUUUGUGUAUAUAAGCUGUAUUCAUUUCUUUAAAACUAUGAAGAGUUUUAGGCUUCACCUGAUUUUUUUUUUUUUUUUUUUUUUUUAAAGAAUACCUUUUAUGUGUUUUGUUUAUAGGUUUGUGAUGCAAGAAAAGACAUUUUGAGCACAUUUUACUGAAGGAAGUUCUUUCAUGUUUUGUGUCCUACUAAAUACUGGACAGACCCUUAACCAAUCACUGGCUGUUCAGAAUGUGGCUUUCACAGACAAUUCCCCCCCCCCGCCCCCCCGCCCUUCACUUUUAAAAACAUGUUUUUACAUACAGUAGAUGACAAAGUAGCACUCCAGUCGGGGCAUAGCUUUUUUUGGCCAUGUAGCAGAAAGAGAUGGUGUUUCUGAAAAUGGUGAACCGGAUGCCACUUGUCGCCCGCCGAGUUCAAGUGAGCCGCAGCUUCAAAGAGAGAGUUAAAAAUGUGAAGACUGGUGUACAUACACACUGUAUUAAACACAAGUGAUUCUCAGUAGCCUCUGAAUGGAUCGAUAAUCUGUCGUGGAUGGGAAAAGAAUAGAUUGUAGUGAUGCCUCUGCUCUGUCAGUGGUCAGGCAAGUGAAGGUCCCAAAUGUGAUGUUUGUCAACCAAGUCCUCACAAAUCUCCCCCCUGGCAACCUGUGGUAGAAACAAAUAUGUGACUUUAUGCCGGAUCCAGAGCAACCUCACACCCUGUGACUCACUUUACACCAAAACGCCUUCACCGUUAACACACACGUUUCAUCCAGACCAUCAUUACUGUACACAUGCCAAUGUCUCAGGAAGGAAUCAUUUUGUGUGCUUGGCCUGUUCUAUGUUCUGUGCUGCACCCCCCUUAACCCUCCACAGAUACACACAUACACACUUCUGCUACUGAGCCCCUGAAUUUUUUCUUCAGUCACUCUUUUUUUUUUUUUUUUUCGUUCAGCCUGGCAAAACCAGGACUUAUGCAGAGAGACACUUAACCCCUGACCCCCCAGCAACGUUACGACAUAGGAUGCCAGUGUGGAGUCUCUCUGAGUCGUUCAUGUGUUCUUUUUAUUUGUACGGUCAAAGCUGCUUUUCAUCAUUUAGGACUUCACCUGUCCAGAACAGCGCACAACUUUUCCCUCCACAGCUAAUCUGGAAUAGGAACAGACACACCGUCAGUUUGAGAAGUAUGGAAUAUGUUGCAAUUUUGUCAAGAUUAUCAAGCGACUUUGGAAAAAAAAACAAAAAACAACAAAAAAAGAUUAAAAAAUAAAACCAACAUUUAAUAUUAAAUGUG